AUGAAUAUUCAGACUAAAGACCCUGAAGCUAUAAGUAAUGGUAUUAUUAACAUUAUUUGUAGCUCAAUGAAUGGAUAUGAUUGCUCCUAUUUGUUACCGGAUUUAGUUGAUCUUUUAUUUUCAGAAAAUAUUAAUCUGGUAAUACUAGCACUUAGAGCUUUAUCAAUUGCAUCAAACCAUUCAAAUUCAUGUUUAAACAAGUAUCCUAAUCAAAUCAAAGUAUUAUUAAACAACGAAUUCACAAGACCUCAUAUGAUUCGAACUCUUACAGACUUACUUACAGAAGAAUUAUAUUUGAUGAUAGAAAGUGACAUUAUGAAUCUCAUGGAAACAGCUGAUCCAUACAUCCGAAAAUUAUCAUUCACAUUAAUUUCAAAAGCUGCAUUGAAAUAUGAUAUUGCCUUUAAUUCAUACAGUAAAUCUGUAUCAAUGUGCAUGCUUGAUAAGCAAUAUAUGUAUUUAAUUUUUCAAUCUUUUUCAGAAAUCAUCAAAAUUAGAAAAGAUUAUAGCUACGAGUUGAUUUUACUCCUAAUACCAGCUAUGUGGGAUUGUGACUAUCUUUUGUUUUCGAAAAUUUGCGAAUACCUUGCUUUUUGCGAAAAGCAUUCAAUUAUUGACAGUUUUCUACCAAUGAUAGAAGCUCGAAGCUCAGAUCGUAAGUUUUGCUACGCAGCAUCACUACUAGCAUGUCAUUUACCUCAAAAUCAUAUUUUAAGAAAAUUUAUCAGCAAAAAAUUGACAAAUCACAUAUUGAAAUUGGAAACAGAGAGUGAUAUAAUUUUGUAUACGAAGGCCCUGAUUGUUACGGCUCCAAGAAAUACGAAACAUGAACUAAUUUAUCAGUUUUUCUUUCAGUCAAAGUCCCAUAAAAUCAGAUCACUUGGUCUGAUUCUUUCUGGAAUGGUCGAUAAGACAUUCAAAAAGACUGUUUUUGAAUCAAUUGCCACUGCAAUCAAAGAAAAUGACCUAAAUUUCAUAGAAACAGUAACUCUUUUAUUCCCAAUUGAUGGCAUAUCGCUAUUUGAAUUGAUUUAUUCUAUUGCUUCCGUUCAAGAAAACUGGGCAAAAGAAUUUGUUGCAAAAUCACUUAAAAACAUGAGUGAAGACUCAAAAAAGCAGUUCCUUGAUGAUAUUCACACUAUAACUAUACUGCCUACAAAUGAUAUCGGUAAGCAAUUCGCUAUUUUUAUUUCAGAAAAUUCGAAUUCAUCAAAAGACGCGGAUUUCCUCUGUAAAUCAAUUGCGUUGAAUGUUUCUGAUGAGUUUAAUAUAGUAUUUCUUCAAUCUCUUCUUUAUUUGCACGACAAGAUACAUUUUCAAGGAAAUAGUGAAAUCAAAAAUAAACUACAGCUUAUGACAACAUCAGUUUCCCGUGAAGUUCGUCAAUUAUCUGCCGAAUUGCUUAAUAUUAUUGAACAAGAGUCAAAUUAA